AUGUCUCAGCUCGUUUGGCUUGUUACUGGCUGCUCCUCUGGCUUUGGAUCGGAGUUUGUGCAUCAGAUCCUGUCCCGCGGUGAUAAAAUCAUUGCAACUGCCCGAAACAGUGCAAGGAUUGAGCCACUUGCAAGCCAAGGAGCAGCUGUCCUUGAGCUAGAUGUCACAGACUCACAAGACAAGAUUGAUCAAACCAUCGCCAAGGCCAUUGCUAUCUAUGGGCGCAUCGAUGUAUUGGUUAACAAUGCUGGUUUUGUAGCUGCUGGCUCUUGGGAAGAUCUCAGUUACGAUGAAUUUGUUUCCUCCUUCGAAACCAACGUCUUCGGACCAAUCAAGGUUACGCGUGCAGUGCUUCCGCAUAUGAGAGCCAGGAAAUCAGGAACUAUGGUCUUUAUUAGUUCUUUGUCUGGCUGGGUCGGGCACCAGUUUACUGGAGCUUAUGCGGGAUCAAAGUUUGCUCUUGAAGGUGUUGUUGAAAGUCUGCAUAACGAAACCAAGCCUCUCGGUCUUCGCACCCUCUUGAUGGAACCCGGACGCUUUCGAACCCCUCUUCUGUCAACAGGCCACCUUCGGUCAAAGCAGAGUCAAAUUCCCGACUAUGAAUCAGCUUCCGAGACUCAUCAUGGCCACCUUCAUGGCGGAGAUCUGAAGCAGCCUGGAAACCCAGAAAAGUUCGUCACAAUUGUGCUGGACUUGGUCAGACAAGAGGGCUGCGCACAGGCGAAAAGCAUCCCGUUUCGUCUACCUGUUGGGAAAGAUGCGGUAGAAGAGAUUGGGGCCAAAGCCAGGGACGUUUUGGGGACAAUGCAGGAGUGGGACUCUAUUAUAACAGAAACCGACUACUAG